UCGCAAAACGGAACUGUUUGGACUAAUGAUUACACUGGAUUACACUCUGGGUUUUGGCAGACAUGAACAGUAGAAGGAGGAAGUGUUUAUAUCAGGUUUUGAGUCAUCACCUGUGAGCCAGGCAUUAUUUGGAAAGAUUUCCGUAGUAAUUUCUUAUAUCUGACUAGGUUUGUGUUGCCUCAAAGCUACAAUGAGAACUAUAUUUAUCGUGCUGGUUUAUUUGUCUGGUGGUGUCAGAGGAGAAUCAAAGGAUCUGGUACCAAAUUCUCUACAUGUAAGCGAUAUGCCAGCACAGAUCAUUUCUGCAAAGGACAUGUCAGCACCAGGAGUAACUAUUGGAAAUAAACCAGAAGCAGGAGUAUCUGCUGGAAAGGAAAUGACAACGGCACCAGUAGACUCUCCUGAAAAGGAAACAUCUGCACCAGUAGACCCGGCUGGAAAGGAAACGACACCAGUAGACCCGGCUGGAAAGGAAACGGCACCAGUAGACCCGGCUGGAAAGGAAACGGCACCAGUAGACCCGGCUGGAAAGGAAACGGCACCAGUAGACCCGGCUGGAAAGGAAACGGCACCAGUAGACCCGGUUGGAAAGGAAACGGCACCAGUAGACCCGGCUGGAAAGGAAACGGCACCAGUAGACCCGGCUGGAAAGGAAACGGCACCAGUAGACCCGGCUGGAAAGGAAACGGCACCAGUAGACCCGGCUGGAAAGGAAACGGCACCAGUAGACCCGGCUGGAAAGGAAACGGCACCAGUAGACCCGGCUGGAAAGGAAACCCACGUCACACGUGAUGAGGCAGAGAGCAGUCACUUCUUUGCUUAUCUUGUGUGUACAGCUGUGUUGGUGGCAGUGCUCUACAUUAGCUACCACAACAAGCGGAAGAUCAUUGCCUAUUGCGUCGAGGGAAAGAGGUCGAGAUCGGGACGUCGGCCCAAAGGCGCAGAGUACACCAAGCUGGAACAGAAUUAGUGAAGGUGCAUCACUGUCAUGAAGUCAUUGCCAGAAAACUGGAUAUAGGUGUUAAGAUGAAAUAAGGCACCAAACUGAUUCCUGGUGAAAGAAGACUUGCUUGGUUUAAUCAAUAUAGAUUUUUUUUUUUUUUUAACAAAUGGGUAUUACUUAAUAGAUGUUUGUCUUUGGAUGCUUAUUGCAUGACUAUGCAGAGGAUACUGUUGCUGAGAAAGAUAAGCAUGCUUGUGUUUGCACUCCUGUGUUAUUGUGCUACUUUCGGGAGUCCUUUGUGUUCUCAGUCAGUCCAUCUGACUGAUAUAAUACCUUGAUGUACUGACUCAGGAGGAUUUUUUUUGUCACAGAAGAAGUUGUUAUAUUGUGAGGAUUCCAACUGGUCCCUUAGUGUUCGCAAGUACUAUUGAACAGUAGUUGGACACCUGCUAUGAUGACCACAAUGUUGGCCAGAUGAAUGUAAAUGUACUUCUUGUAUGUUUUGGAGUGUUGUAUUUUCUUUUUAGCUUAAUCCCUUCUGAGAUGGCAGAGGAAAGGGACGUUUUAGUUGCAUUGUGUUGGUUGGAGUGGAGUAAGUGAAACAGUGAAAGUGAUUGUGUGACUGAUAAUGCAUGUGGAUGAAUGAUACUGAAGUUAACCUAGGCCUAAGUUCCAAAUAUAUUAGAGCAGGGGUGUCAAAAGCAUUAUCUUCACGAGGUCCGGAGGGCCACACGUAAAAUGUUAUGUUUCCUAGCUGUCAGAAUCAGAAAAAAAUAUUCCCAUAUCCAUCAGUUUGGUAAUUUUUGAUGCUCUCUGACUGUCUAGCAUUCGAUUACAUCAGGGUUUCCCAAACCCCCCCCCAACUCAUCAUCAAGCUUUGAUUAUUUGAAUCGGCUGUGUAGUGUUAAGGUAAAAACCAAAAUGUGCACCCGGGGGAUCGAGUUUGGGAAACCCAGGUUUAGAUCACUGUUAGCAAGCUGGACAGACUGAAGAGACUAUAUAUAUGUAGAUUCAUUAUAAUUUUUCCACUUUCGAUUUGGUUUUAGUAAAUCUUAUGUCAAUUGAAGUCGUUUAAAACAGUUAAUUUAAUAUAUAUAUAGCAUUUUUUAUUCAACCCCCCCGCGGGCCGGAUUGAAUGAGCUUCUGCCCAUAUGUUUGUCACCCCUGGAUUAGAGCUCUGCUACCUGACCCAAGCCCGAUGGGCCCCAACAUUAUACAUCGGUUAGAGCCGGGUAGGGCCUGUUUUUUUCCCCCAUCAAUAACUAGGGUACGGGCAGGGCUCGGGUAUCACUAAAUUGAUCAGUAACAUUUUGAAGCUGAGCCAUUUGCUUGUGCUUUUCUGCUCCGUACAGUCAUAUCUAAGAUCAUAACAUGGUGUCAGAAGAGCUUCAAAUAUAACAGGAGAGCUUAUUUCACAAAUAAUGUUCCUUAAGUUUUGUAGAAGUUUAGUGACAAAAAGUAGCUAAAAGCCGAUGUAUGGUUAAUCUGGCAUCUGAAUUGGCCGUAGAGCAUUUACUGCGAUGUGGUCUCUGCAGAAGUCAGGGCAUUCAUACUUCUUGAGGAGUAGAGCAGAGUUGUUGUCAAGGAAGUGUGUUUGUGUUUAUACGGGAUGUGCCACCCCCACCUACCAUCAACCAAUCAUGUCAAUGUGGAGCUGUACGGCGCUCCCAGCAUUGUUACAUGCGGCCUCCGGAGGCUCUGUACAGAGGGUGUGAUGCAGCUGCGGCUCAUCCGGUGUCUUGCAGAGGCCACAUCGCCUCCCAGAUUUUGUAUCAAUGCGGAGGGCUCCCUAUAGCUUUGUAUAGCUCUGCAUUGACAUGAUUGGUUGACGACAUUGCCGGAUCAAUGGCUUUAACACUUCUCGCAUGUCUCGUCAUUGAGCAGAGCAGCCCAAACGGAGCCGUUGCUAUGGUUACACAGACUGAGCCACCAUGAGCAUAGCGCAUGCAGAGCGUGCUGCUUGCGCGCAGGGAGCGAGAGAUGGACAGAGAGGAGCAGCUAAUGGAUUUACUAAGUGAGGAAGUUAUUUCUGGUUUCGGGCAGGGCUGGGCCUUUAAAUUUUGCGAAGUAAUUGGGCCUGGGUAGGGUAGUGCCUGAAUGUGGCGGGCUUGGUUAGUGCUAAAAUUCAUGCCCAGGAUUUGAGCUAUCUAGCAUGUGAAGGGUGGCAUUAUGUAAUUUAUGUUCUUCCUAAAGAGGGACAAAAUGAUUUUUUUAUUUUACCUUUAUUUAACUAGGCAAGUCAGUUAAGAACAAAUUCUUAUUUACAAUGACUGCCAAACCCGGAUGACGCUGGGCCAAUUGUGCGCCGCCCUAUGGGACUCCUAAUCACGGCCGGAUGUGAUGCAGCCUGGAUUCAAACCAGGGACUGUAGUGAUGCCUCUUGCACUGAGAUGCAGUGCCUUAGACCGCUGCACCACUCGGGACCCAAAAAUAGCUGAUCUGUCCCAAACUUCAUGGUCUCAACAAAGUUGUCCUUUGAGGGCUUUAGGUAGGGUAGACGUUUUGACAAAAUUAAGAGUAUUGAUUAACAUUCUGAGGAAUGUAGAAGAUUGAAGAAUAUCUAUUGGAUAAUAUUUUUAAGACUGAGCCAGUGUAUAUUUGUCUCCUGUGCCUGCGUCCUAAAUGAUCACUAUAUUUCUACCCAGGGCCUUGUUUCCUAGAGAUCUUUCCGUACAAUGUGCUUUUCAAUAGUCAAUAGUUGAGUAUAUGGCAAAUGGAAGUAGUCAUUUUGCACAGAUCCUUUUUGUAUGCUGGACCAAUUUAAGAUAAAUUGGAUUAGAAAUGACAUUUUAUACUAUACUUGCUGUGGUUUGGUCACUGUCUCACAACAAUGCAAAUGUUUUUCUUUUUUGGUGGGAGUUGAAAUGAAUAAAAUGUAUUUAACAAUA